GUUAAUGGCGUGUGCAGUCGUAGCCGUUUUUCCGUUCGAAGUUACUGAAGAAGUGUAAAACAAGCAAACAAACGUAGGAAACCGUCGUCGCCGUUGUCGUCGUCGUCGUCGUUGCCGUCGUCUUACGCAAAUUACGAGCGUGAUAACGAUCACUGGAAAAGUAAGUGUAUUUACUGCUAGUGAUAAGCUGUGUUAUUUGUGUGGUCCGAUCGAUUAUGCAUCUCGGUCGUUUCGUCGGUUGAUGCACGUCCAAGCCGUAAACGUAUUCGUCGGUUCGACAACUACAACAACAACAACAACAACAACAACGACAUUCAAUUGUUCGGUUCCGUACGAUCGAUUAUGUCAUGUCUGCCAUUUGUUGUUCGGUGUUAAAGAAUCGUCGUCGCGUCGCUGCCUCACUUGGACAUUGUUGAGUGGCGGUUUUUCGUGUGCGUCGUCGCGUUCCGUAAAUUGGACUUUUGUUUACCUCCUACACCUACUCGGAUUAUUUUUAGUCCAUCAGGGAAUGAGUGCGGAUGCUAAAUGUUGAAACGACUCGGCACUUUUUCAUUUAAUCUUCAAUCUUCUGACAGUUGUACACCUUUUGCGACUCGUUUCAAGUAUUUACUGCGUGAAUGGUGAUGGUGGUGAAAGUGGAUGUUUGUCUGCUUGUAGAAUAUCAUCAGUAGUUAGUUGGUAGGCAUUACAAACUAACAAGAUCGUGUGGACAAUGUCGAUGUCGGUCAUGAAUUUCGAUCCCGUCGUAAAGUACUGUCACAAGACGAGCAAUGUCGGGUUGGGCUUGUGGCACGUAACAGAUUGUACCUUAUUCCGCGUUACGUGAUUCCAGCAUGGUCGAUCUGCUGGUAACCGUUUUGGCGUCGUCGUGAUCGCGUCGCAAUCGCAUUCGCAUUCGCAGUUGCAGUCGCACUGGUCCGGAAAUAUGCAAUAAUCGUAUGCUAUGAUUUGACUGAUUGACUGACCACUGAUUGCCUCCGACAAUAAGGAAACAUGUCGUCGAGAAGAAGGAGCCGCAGUAGAGAGAGGAAAAAUAGCGCGCCCAAACUUCGCAUGGACACUAAACCGCUUGCGAAAAGUAUCACAGAUCCGAGUUUGCCUGCAGGUCGACGUCGCGAAAUAGACAACGUAAUGAAGAAAGCCAGAGCCCAAACGUCGCCAACGGCCAACGAAUUUUGGUCGAAGAAACUACUCGAAGUGGAGGCCAAAGACCCAAACAGGUGGCGUCACAGCGGCUACAAAUCCUUGUACUUGGACGGUUCCUCUUCUCCCUCACCGGGACGUCGUUCUCGUUCCCGUUCACUGGUCGGCGGCCGACGGUCGCCGCCCUCGCCGCCCAGUCGUCGGUCACCGAUCGGUCGUCGUUCGCCGCGUUCGUCGCCACCCCCGACCCGUCGUUCUCCACGUUCUCCACCUCCGCGCACACGAGCUUCACCGCAACAUCGUCGUUCACCGAUUGGGUACAGAUCACCGCCGGGUCGCAGAACACCUCCACCCACCUCGUCCGGUCGACAUCACGGUCGGGCGCCUAGAUCACCACCCCAUCACCAUCACGGUCGACGCCGGUCCACCUCAGCCAGUUCGUUCAGCUCCUGCUCGGACGGAGUGUGCUCGUACUGUUCGUCAAAGAGUCGCAGACACAGGUCCAGAUCUCGUUCGUAUUCGUUGCCCCGCAACAAGAAAGCCUCGUCCCGACACGGAGGCGCGUCAUCGCCACCGCCCAAACCACGGAUGCGUCCACGUCCGCCGUCUCCUUCACCGUCUCCGCCGCCGCCGCGUCGUAUGCCGCGUCCCAUGACGCCUCCGCCGGUGUCGCGUAAAACGACCAAGCUUCCGCCGUCGACGGUCGUUGUGGCGUCGUCCGGCCCCGCGUCCGACCGUCCGACCGAUCCGAGAAGGCAACCGCCGCCGCCGAGGCCACGUGCCAAAACCGGCGAGAUUAUCAGCGUCAGCGGGAACGUAAAGCCGUCGUUGAAGCCACCGCCCCAACAGCAACCGCCGCCGCCGAGGAAACCGAAAGACAAGGCCGGUUCGACUGCCGCAUCCACCGAACCGGUGUUGCUGAAAAGAAUCAAAAAGGAACGAACCGGCAAAAGAACGGGUUCACCGGGAGGAGGAGCAGGAGGAGCAGAAUCGUCCGGAUCGGAAGAUUCGUCCAACUCGUCCAGCGCACCGAUCGUAGCCACCACCCGCCUAACCUUGAGCGAACGAUUCGGCAAAAUCGCUCAGUGGAGUGCAGAUCGAGAACGACGCGACAUCGAAAACAUGCGCAUCACCAAAACAGGUUCCAAUCUGAAAGUGAUGAUCGAAGAGGACGACUUUUUGUACGGUAGGUCGCCGCCUCGCCGCUACAGUCUGUCCCCGGUUCCCGCAGGGCACUAUCCAGACGAAUUGUUGCCCCGCGGCUCGGCUCCAUCCUCCUCCAGCUUGGCCGCGUGGGACGACGUACGAGUGCGCUACCAAUACUACAAGGAUCUGGGCUAUCUGAGGGAUUUGACUCUCGACGAUUACGUGAAAUGGGAGGAAUGGUGGUACAAAUACCAGGACUGGCUGGCCAACGAACGACAUUACGAGCAUUGGGUGAGCAGCCAAAGAACGAGCGGCGGCGGCAGUGGUCGCAGGAAGAAACGAAUUCCGGCCACGCAACGGCUCAAUUGAUUGCGCGACUGGUUUUGUCAUAUGAUUGAUUGAAUGAUUGAUUGACUGAUUGAUAGCGAAGCAGGUUCGAUUCGAUUCGAUCAGUUUGUCGAGCUUCGGAUUAUGCUGCUUUGAUGAAUAUACGCGUUCUUUAAUUCUCAAUGAGACAAUGAGAUUAGAUUUAAGGUAAGUAACGACGACUGUACAGACGACACAAAGACUAUUUUAUUAUUUUUUCCUCCAUUUAUACGAAUAUCUAUUUUAUUUUAUCAUUCUGUUUGUACAGUACAUUCGAAGAAACCUUUACAACUAUUAUAUUAUUAUAUUAUUUAAUGAAUAAACAUUUGUUUAAUAUUA